AUGGGUUCGCCAUCGUUGGUGACGACGCGUGCUUGGGAGAGGAGCUUGGCCUUCUCUCCCCAAGCUCCCUCCUCUUCUCGUCCUUCCCUUCGAGUUCGAAGGGCUCAACCCCUGACUCUGCCUUCCGCCCUCUGCUUCCCAUCCAAGCAGAGGUGAGGCUCCCCUCUCGUCUUCGCCUUCAUGGUCCUUUAUUUUCCACAUGAUCGCCAUGUUUAGCCAUGGUUUGAUGCUUUUAAUGACACUCUUCGUGUUCUAUCUCUUGUUCUUCAGUCUGUCGGCUGCUGCCCACGUCCGUAGCUGCCGCCCAAUUGCCGCCUGCUUGAAGACCACUUCGAGCUUGGGGAUCCCCGACGAGAAUGGCUACUCUCUGGGGGAUUCCGUGCCCAGCCCUUCUUCCUCCUCCUCCUCACAUGCGGUAAUUGAAUCCUACAUUACGUGGAUUUUUUUCCGGUAAAUCUUCAAGAAUGGAAGAAAAAAAGUAUUCUGAAAACUUUGCGUGGCUCAUAAUAAUUCCACAUUCGGGCGCGUUUUCUCAAAAAACUUUUUAUUCUCUAACUCAUUUCUUCUCACCCGGAUCCCCUUCUUAGCUGAAAAUUCUGAAGAGCCAUGAUUCGAUUAUUUUCUAUGGCUAUUUUCCGAUUUUCUCUUACCUAUUCGAACUGUCUGGCCCAGCUUUUGCUUAACUUGGGUUGUUCUCUGCUCACUUCACUCUCGAUUGACUGACAUGGCGGAUGCUGCACUGCUCCAGUAUGGUUUGGUGGGUCAUGCCACACCUCUCCUGUGCACGACUGACAAAGCCCAGGUCGCGUUUGGGGUGGAACCUGUGGGGAUGUAAUCUAUGGUCCAUGACCUUAUACAAAUUCGUUGAGAUCUCACAUAAACAACCUGCAUGCAUUGAUCAAUUUUUUUGUUUGUUUUGUUUUGAUCUGUGUGCAUUCAAUUCUAGGGUGGAUUGUUCGAUUGAGUCUUAGAAACUUCCAGUUCUUAGUGUUUGGAUUGAAGAAAAAUACAAGAGCAAGCCUGUGAUGAAAUCUUUGAUUUAACAUAUUCCUGCAACGAAUUUGUGUCAGGCCAUGAACCUUAGAUCUCCAUUUUUCUCUAUCAUUCUUGUAUUUAAUUGGGCAUGCUUAUUAUUUUCCUAUUUUGUUCGUCAUUCUUUAGAAAUGUUCAAUUUUUUUACUUUUUCUUUUCCUCGUAAAUUUCUUGCAAAUAUUAUGGUCACGUUUUCUUGAGCACAUUUGAAACCGUCGUCCUCUACAGUUUUCAAUUUUUAUGGCGUCUGUAUCAACAUCUAUGGGACUUUGUACAUAUGAGCGAAUGUUUCAAUUAUAAAAUGAAUUAAAAGUUACUUGGCAACUGAUGAUGUUCAGUUUUAGUAAUGUUAUCUAGUAGAUCAUUAAGUAGGGAAGUUGCAAAGAUUUUCCAUUUAUUUCAAAAGAUGGUAUUAACUUCAGCUGUUUCUAUCCCAUAACUUUAAUGCACAUUAUCAACAAGACUGAUGCCGAAUGUAUAUCUAUUAAUGGGGGAUGAUUUUUUGUUCUACAAGCUUGAUUUUUCUUUGAUAAUUUCUUCUGUUCUUCCAUGUCAAACAAGACGGGUCAUGUCAAUUGCAGUAGCAUCCAUAUGAGCUCUGAUCACAAAGCCGUGGACAAAACGAGCACACAUAAGACGACCACGCCUAUACUAUUCUGUCAUCAUUUUCUUCUGUUAGUCAACGGAGUGAAAGAUCUUCUAAGAUAAUAUCGUGGCUAUGAUUUUAUUAGAAAACCCAUAUGCUGAAUAACAUUGUGAAGUUUGUUUUAUUUUAUUUUAUUAAGGUUUUUUAUUCAUGCUUCGCGUUGACAUAAACCAGGAAGCAGCUUCUGAUAUAAGGUUGCCUAGAAGGAAUUUGCUGGUGCAAUUUACAUGCAAUUUAUGUGGAGAAAGGACUCAAAGAAUAAUAAACCGAGUGGCCUAUGAUCGAGGGACCGUCUUUUUGCAGGUAUUAAAAUCAUUUAUUUCUUUGUCUUCCUUUAAUUGCAUCAUAAUGCUCAUAGAGUUCUUGAAAAGGGGUCACUUCCCACUCUCCUCACAUUUUCUCCUCAUUGCUGUGCUUGACUUUUGGAGAUAUGAUUUAUAUAUCAGCGAAUGAAUAAUCUGACGAAGAAAUCAGACCUAGAAUUGGACGACUAUUGGUCGAUUGACUUAUGUAUGAAAAAGGGUUGUCUCCCUUUUCUCUCUUCCUCUUCUUUGAUCUUCUCUCUAACACCAAAGUCAACAUGGUUGAGUUAUUCACACCUCAGGAGAAUUAAUGAAGACAGAAGAAGUAUGAACCAUCAUCCAAGUUGACAACACAUUGGCCCAAACUAUUAAGAAGUAAUUCUCUUUUUAUUAAGCAUUUUUAUUUAUUAAAUAUUAAAGAGGUUAUAAAUAAUGUCUUGUAACCCUAGAAAUGGCGGAGGAAGAAUAUUUUUUUUGUGAUUUUACCAUCCGAUCCAUCCUUGCGUUUGGGUUGUUGGAGGAUCUCGCUCCCAAUGUGGGUGCGGGUCAAUGCUUAUUAUCUUCAUGGUACAAACCAACAUACAUAUAGAUGAUCAUCCGUUUCUUUCUUUAAAAAAAUAAAUAAAUAAUAAUUCACUCGAUUUGAAUAAUUUUUCAAUUGAUGCUUAUUUUUAAUCGAGUUUUAAGUUAUUUUUUGUUAUCCUAAUGAUUCCAUGUGUGGAGCAGCUUUUGUUGCUACAAAUUCCAAUCAUACUCUCACUUUUUGCGAGUGAUUUCUCUCCUCCUGUUACUCUUCAUAAUUCAUAACAAUAUCAAUUAUUAUUAUUAUUAUUAUUAUUAUUAUUAUCAUUUGGGAAUAACAUGGUUAAUUACUUGCAGAAUAAUUUUAGAAUUAGUGCUUAUUUUUAAUCGACCAUUAAGUUAUUUUUUGAUCUUGAAGAAUGUUUAUCCAACGAAUCCUGGAGCAGUUUUUGUUGCAAUGAAUUCUAAUCAUACUCUCACCUUUUGUGAAUGAUUUCUCUCCUCCUAUUAUUCUUCAUAAUCCAGAAAAAUAUUAAUUAUUAUUAUUAUCAUUUGGGAAUAACAUGGUUAAUUACUACAGUGUGCAGGAUGUAAAGUGUACCACAAGCUCGUGGACAACCUCAACCUUGUGGUUGAGUAUGACUUGCGUGAUGACAGAGAUACAUCUGAUGAUGCUGGCGGAUAG